AUGGAUACACAAGACUAUCCGACCUCUGCGAAUCUAGAAGCGGACUUUUUGUUUCCCUGGGUGCUAGACAAAUCGAACCCAGAACCGCGCCCUGACAACAACGUAGUCAACUCUGUCCCUCGACAGUCCUUGAUUUUACCAUCACAGAGCCAAUCCGAGAGUGAGAAUGGCUUCGAUAACUGGAUGGUCUUUUCCCCUGACCAAGACAUUCGUAUGGUGACGAUGAAGCUCUUAAGAGACAGCUGGGGUCUAUUCAAGCAGCUUCGCCUGGAAACUUGGGUUGAGCAUGUAAUGGGCUUGCCAUCGGUGACCUCCGCCGUAUUCGAAUCCUAUCAUGACAAACUUGCUUUUUCGCUUUUUACUUUUUUGCGUCAUUUUCCCUCGGAGACUGAAAAGUACCACUUCUCAUCGCAAAUGGUUCAACAGGCCGACUGGUUCUUGUAUAACAGCAUCCGACACGCUUUGGAAAGAUUCGAGGACGGCCAGAAAUAUGAGAAGCUGCAUCUCAAUGCCUCAUGCAUUACUCAUCCAUUAAAGGCGCUACUGUCGCGACCAGAUAAGAAUGUGCUUCUCCAGCUGAGAAUCCUUGGAUCCCGCUACACUCGUUACCAAGUUUCGGAUCUUGCUCAAGGACGCGAGUUUCCUAUUGAGACAGGUUUCCUCUUCUUGCUCAAUGGCCACUCAGCACCAGAAGUCGCCACCCAAAUAACCGAGGCCGCCAUGAAUGACUUUUCCUCCUUAUGCAUCAACAGUGUGUUGACGUAUGACAACAAAAUUCAAUCUCUCGGCGCUCGGUGGGAUCGCCUAUGUCAUGACGCGCAGGACCUAGCCACAGUCGAAUGCUUCACCGAAAAGCUAUCAGAGUUAUCAAGGAACCUGCUGAACAGGCAGAACUUCUAUUCGCUUUCAGCGAUCCUCACAGGGAUCCAUCUGGCUGGUCGUCACCUCGACCCGGGUUUGACAGAGUACAUCGACCCUUCUAGCAACUAUCAAGUUUACCGACUGAAACUACAUAAAGCACCAUCACUCCCGUUUUUGUAUCCUUUUGUCGUCGAUCUGAAACGGGGCAAUCGCCAAGCACUGGCAGGGAUCUUCAGUUUUGUUACUUACAACCGAGCUUCAUGGGAGGAUGAAGAGUCGAUCACCUAA